CCAGUCUAACUUACGUGAAGAUGCACAGGAAUGCGCUGACAGGGACUCUGGUCGAUGCGAGACUCGAGGAAUGCAAGGAACUUCAAUUCGUGAACCUAAGCAUGAACCACCUAACAGGCUGUAUCCCGGCAAGCUUUGCCCGUCUCACGAAGCUGCAAUACCUGCACCUCUACAGUAAUCAACUGUCAGGAAUCAUCCCGGCCGACUUUGUUUACAUGGAGUCACUACAGGAUUUUCAGAUCGGCCACCAAGCAGGUCUCCAACUACCAUCAGGUACGGACUAUCCCGGGAAUGCGUUCAAGAAGUGGAUGGACCGUCGGACUAAGGUAUCCAUCUCGAACCUUAAGAUCGCGCCUCCAACGAAAGCAACGUGGGCUUCUUUGGUCGCAGAAGGAGACCAAGGUUCAUUCCCACCGAGGGAGGAGCAAAGGCUCCACCGUGAAGGUGCCCUCGUUGGCGCUGAUCAGCAGGAAGAAAAGGAAAAUGGACCUUCCUCGCUAGAGCUUCAAGACAAACUUGACUUCGACAAGUACGCGGAAGUUCUGGUAGAGCGCUUGCGCGAUCCGGACACGUGGCCAGUGAGUCUCGGCAUAUACGCGCAGUGGGGGGCCGGCAAGUCGUCUCUUCUCAGGCUCAUUCUGGAAAGGUUUGAGAGAAUCACCAAGGUCUCCGAACCGUCAUGUUUCGUGCGAUUUCUGCGGUCGAACAUAUUGGGGUCUGUUUUUCUCGAGGCCUGGGCCGGCCUCCGCGGCUGUUGCGUGGCCAAACUCUGCCCGCCCACUGACGACACGGUGCCAGUGCCGGUGCCGGUGACAUGCAUUUUGGCGAGCUUCGAUGCGUGGCUAUUCGCCGACUCGGAUGUACUGUGGGCAUUCCUGGUCAGCAAGAUUUUCGAUCAGGUGGAAGCUCAUCCGUGUUUUGGGAAAGGCGCGGUGAGGUCCUUCCGAUUGCGAAAGACCAGUUCGGAGAUCACGAUGGAGCGAUUGUGUUUUGCGGCGAUGGGGGCUGUCAUUGUGGUUGGGCUCGCCGUGGCUCUUGGCUUGAUCAUCGAAGCAACCGGCGGCCUCGACAACGUGCUGACGAAGGCCCUCGCAUUCGUGGGGCUUGCCGGGGUGCCGAUCUCGAUCGUUCUCUGGACAAUUAAGGCUUUGCCCGCCGUCUUCCAAGGCCAAGGGGAGGUUAUUCUUAACAAGGCGAAAUCGAUGCACGAGAGUGUGGGCUCGGCGCGCUUGGGCUUUAUGGCCGAUGUCCAGGAAGAGAUUCAGAUCCUGCUCGACAUGAUUACGGACCGGAGUACGGAGAAAAUGAAGUUCGCGCUCGUCGUCAGCAUCGACAACCUCGAUCGUUGCCCUCACCGCAACAUCGUGAAGGUGCUGGAGGCCGUGCACCUUCUACUAGAACGUGACCAGACGAAUGUUGUCGUCAUCUUGGCGCUGGACCCGCGUGUGAUCAUUUCAGCAAUCGAGGCGGACUUGGGUCCGGAGGUUCGCAAAGAGGUCUCGGGCUCAGAGUACCUGGACAAAAUUAUCCACGUGCCCUUCUGCGUGCCAUUUGGCACCCAAAAGCAACGUUUGACACUAAUCGAUUCCUGGCUUGGCGUCACAAAGGGCGUCACCAAGUCCGAUGAGAACGGCUCUAAAACCCUCGAAGGCGGAGAUGGGUCUUCGCUGUGUGAGCCAUCGUCGGGGAAGCGGCCCGAGAUUGGUACCGGCGACGUACGGGCUGCCUCAGAAAGAGCCGCCUUGAUGGGCGAUGGAAGUGCUGCUGGAGGAGACCCCAGGGGUUCUGCGAUUGGUGCUUCUGUCGGUGGUACCUGUUCGAUGCCAGAGGAAGUGGGUGGACGUGCUGCCCACCAACGAUCAGCGGAGCAGAUCGUCAACCCCAACCCUCGGAGCGACUCCAAGACACCUGACCUCGAAGACCAGACUACUCUAUCUCGGUCAUCGUCAACGGCGGCGACAGACAGCAGGAAUUCGCUCAGAAAUGUCGCGGGGGACGACCAGGUCGACAGUACAGGUUCAUCUCCGUUUCACAUCCCAGGAGAAACCGAUGAAUUUCACAUGCUGUGCAAGGAAAUCGUGACCACCCCCCGAAAAAUGAAGCGGAUUUUGAACAUAUACGGGAUCCAGCGCGCCCUGGCAAAGGAGCAGACAUCCGACUUCCGGUCUACCAGCGCACGGAAGCUGCUUCGCUGGGCUGCCCUCUGCGAGUUCUGGCCUUUUCGGACAGCUUGUCUAGUCGGGAGCGCCAAGUUGGCAAUCGACACUAGGGAGGAGGAUCUCGGCGACAAGAGCGCCCCUCUCCAGUUUGUCUACAUGGAAAGGACCUCCAAAGUGAUGAAAACAAUGCUCAACGAAACACAAAAGGUGGACGACGAACCUCGCAGCGGUGGAUUCUCCCGCUCUGAAGUCCGGAGGCUCCUGGGCAUGGACGAAUCGGAUCAGGCUUUCCUUCGGGUGUUGCAGGCCACGCCACUCUUGUGUGUCGGAGACUUCAUGGAAGGGCAGGAUUGCCUGGGGCUCUUGCGCUUCUCUUUCAACCUUAACCCGGCUAUGGUGGCCACUGUCGGCGCAUGGGUUCGGUCGGAGUUUUCGUAAACGGUAACUGCUCCUUCCGGAAAUCGAUUUUGUCGUGUCGCCAUUGGUCUCGUACGUGACGGCGUUCCCCUUCCACGUGACAAAGUGUUCUGAUUCAUCGAGCAGCUCACUUUUUUUUUCACACGGAGCCAUCAUCGGCGAUGAAAGAUAGGACCAAAUUGCAGGGUUAUAAGUGCAAGGCUGCACUUUUCUCAGGACAUACGUGCAAUGAGUUUUCGUGCAGGGAUUGUUCUGUGCGGUGAGAGCACGUCGUGUCGGCACUCCACUCAUGCCUUGAAUUCUCAUGCGGCCUUCUGUGGGAGGCGUACCAAUUUCGGUCAAGGCUGUAGACGGGAUCUGUGCGACGUUCUCAGUGGAGAACGCUUUCGGGGACGGCCUGUUUCUAUUCCUUCACGUAACCCCGGCAAAGCGGAUGCCACUGCGUACUUCCGUCUGUUCAUUUACUCUUCAUCUCAUUUUCUUACGAUAUUUUCAACAAAGAUGCGGUCCGGUGCGCUCUUGUGUUGCUGCUUCUCCACCAUUUGUAUUGAAAAACGGUGUGCGUCCCGACCUGGUCCAUCCUUGUUGAUUUUGUUCU